AUGUGCGAAAUUUUGCGAAGUUUGAGACGCAAGAGCCUUCUUGGACGACUGAAUUGGCCAUGCAAAAAUGUGCACACUUGUACUCGAAAUUCCAGAUCUUUUCAACGCCAAAGAGCUUUCAGGAACAUGCUUCCUCCUACACGGACUAGCUCUACUCUGUGGCGAUAUUUUAAUGCCCCGGGAAACGUAAUGUUCGUAGCCACAAAUGUGGUGACUUUGGUAGGAAUCAUGUCAUAUUCGACACUCCAAAGCAUGGCUCGCGAAAAGGCCUUGCACGAAUACGUCGAAAAUACGAGACCGCCAAGCGAGUCUGAGCUCGAGGAACUUUGUGCAGGCUCGCAGCUGCCCAGUCCCAUUAAAAAUUAUAAAUCAGGCGAGAUUCUGCUGCACAAAAGUUGUCCUCCCACGACAUGCCACAUUCAACACGUUAAGAUGUCCUUAUUCCAUUUACUGUACUCUUACUACAUUUACUGCGAUGCUGCAGCGCACAAGGAUCCUGCGGGGUCGCUCCACUACAAUGCCGAGGUGAAUGAACUGCGACGAGGGUCAGCUGCUUUAAGAAAUGAAAACUUGAACAAACCGUCUCCGAAAUUUUUUUAUCGAACCUGGAGCCAGGAGUUCGAAAGCUUGGUCAUAAAUCUGAGCCGAUCGCAGCAAUUUCACAUGCCUAAUUGGGCUCACUACCCAAAGAACCUCCAAAUUAUAUGUCAAACGCUGGACAAGAAUGAACUAAGAACAGUGGCUGAUUUCAAGAGGCUUUAUCGCAGCAUCACUCCAGGUGACCUCCGUUCUAUACUUCGUUCCUGGUUCUACGAUAACUUGCAUUUUUUUCAGAGUGCUGGGGAUUGCGACUCUGAAGCCUUCUAUCGAGACCUUGUGAGAUCUUGCCGCAACGAUAAAUCCCUUUUCAAGCUUUAUGCCUCAAUUCUGCUAAAUUCAGAUAAUCCAAGACGUCGUGUUUUCUUCAAAAGUCAUAGUCAAGAACAACCCGUGAUGGUCUCCCUUGACACGGUCCUUGAUGUACUGAAAGGUAACCUACGGGCAGCGUCCGAUGCUUAUAAUUACGAUUCUAUUCUGCGACUUGUCUCUAUGAUUCGUACCAAUUGCGUGGCCAUCAGCGGUCCCUCGGGCCGAAAAGAAGUGCAGAUUAUUUUGUCAGACGAAGACUCGGGAAGCGAAGAGUCCGUGAGCCAGGUGAUAAACUCUGAGCGCAAUAGAGAUGAAUGUUAUAGAUUGGUGAGUCAAAAUCCAGAGGUGAUGGCUGUUCUGGGUGCUAUAUCGAAACAUCCGGGUUAA